AUGCCUGACCGAAGAGAAGAGCAGAGACCGAAUGCAUCGGCAACCCCUCUUCCCGACCCUCUCAGAACCUUCUGGGUGCCGCCAUUUCCCGAUGAUAUUCACGGCGCAGUGAAUAGAGAGCAUCCUCCACUGAGGCUAGGGGACUACAACCCGAGCUCUGGGUUAUAUAUCUGGCAGAAAGAGAGAUUCGGGGGAGGCGUCAUGAAGGGUUACGAAAGCCGGAUAAGAUAUGUAUUGACCUGCAUGUGGUAUGGUGUGGAGAACAGUCCUCGCUGCGUUUGCUGUGAGAAACGCGAUCUAUGUUGCACCUCGAUGGGGUUGCGAUCAAAAGCCACGAGUUGCGCUAGAUGUCGACUGGUCUGCGACACAUGCUCCUUCUCGUCGGGCAGUAGAAGCAAGCAGAGUCUCUCAACUCCCAGAGAACAACCUUUCCCUACCGCGUCGAGUGAUACAGACAGACAGCCAAAUGACGGACCACCUGCAAAACGACUUCGAAGCUCUGAACCGAAAGCCUCGAGCCCGGGAGUGGCCUCUCAAGAGCGUUUGAAUGUUUGUGAAACCAUCGAGGAAGACCAUCUCAAGCGUCGGCCCAGAAGUCGUAGUACGCAUGACAUUAUUGUUGUAGCAGGACCUUCUAAUGGCAACAAAUAUCGCCGACACGUGGUCGAGAUUCCGGAUUCUCCACCCGCCACUCUAUCAACAGUAUCUGUGGCAGAUAAGCAACAUCCUGAAAGCGCUACGACCCAUACCGAGUGUAGUUCAACGGCUUUCGACAAGUUUCUCUCUGAGAUGGAGUAUCUCAAAACUCGCAUACAGAAAUUGGAAGCGGAGAUGAAACCAAACAAAGGAAUUGUACAGGCUCAAAUUCGAAAAGACCAAAUGGAUACCGAGACUCGACAGCAAAAAUCGGAACGACUGAAAGACUUUGAGGCUCGAAUCCAGCAGUAUGGGAGGACUCUUAGGGAUCUUAUGCAGAAUGAUCGAGCUCUGAUCGAGACUCAGAUGCAGGUAAAGAGAGACAGGAUCGAGGCUCGCAUCAAAGAAGAUCAAGGAAUAUUCGAGGCUCGAUUGCACGGGUACAAGGAGGUCACCGAGGCUCAAGAUCUCAAGCUGUGCAGCCAACUGGGAGAGAUCCGUAACCUCAAGGAGCGGUUGAGAUACAGCGUCAACACGAUACUUCUGACACAAAAAUCUGAAGACCUACAUGAUGGAGAGACGCAAAGGGGUGCGGUCAAAAGAGGUUCAGACAACCCGACUGAAGAGGAAGCUAGAUGA